AUGGGUGACGCCAUACUUGCUAAGAAAAAGCCACUCUCAAUCGAUGAAAUGAACCUUAAUUCCAUACAACGAUUGGAUCCGUGUGCAGUAUCAAUAAUCGACAAGACUGCUCAUGCAGCGUUAUACCACUUCAAUAAGAGUAAAACCGAGUGGGUAAAAACUACCGUAGAAGGACCAUUGUUUUUAUAUAAACGGGCUGACAAGCCUUUACAUUCGCUGAUGAUCGCGAAUCGUCAGUCACUAAUGGAUCAUAUAGAACCUAUAAUUCCCUCGCUGCAGUUUUUUCUUGAAACCCCUUACAUAUUUAUCAACACUCAGGAAAACGAUAUUAGGGGAUUCUGGUUUUUCGAUGAAGUAGACUGUGUACGUUUCUAUAAAGUUCUCAUCAAGCUUACCUCUAUGUCUAGUCCACUGAAAUUUGCAACUGAUUCAAAUAAAACAGCAGCAGGUCCUGAGCAAAAUGGCUGUAGCUCGCGUUCAGUAUUCAAUGCAAAUAAAAGUAAUGCCGAUGUCGGCACUACUCAAAUGCCAACCGUGCUGCAACAGUUGCUGUCAGAUCAAUCAGCUAGGAAACUGCCAAUGGUACCGAUCACGGGAGCUCUAAGUGCAGACCAAAUUGAGCAUCAGUUUCUCUUUGGAGUUGAUAAAAAUACUAACAACGUUCUGGAAUCAAAAGAAAGAAUUCAAAUAGCACAGGAGACACAAAAAUAUCCAUCUUCAUCUGGAGCACACGAUCAUUAUGAGACAUUAUCGCAUUUACUGGGUAAUCUGUCACCAUCUUUUCUCGAUUCAUCUGUAGAAAUUACUUCGGAGCAUUCAGCUACGGGUAAAAAAGAUGUUGAUGUCGUCAAAGUUAAAGAUAAAAGUGCAUCAUCGCCCAUUGUUCCCUUGACUAAGGGUCAGCUGUUGAAUGCAUUAGAAGAAUUACUAAAGGAUGAUGAUUUCUUAACACGACUUCACUGUGCUUAUUUGAAAAAUAUCAAUGUUCGAUUGGGAUUGCGCGAUUAG